AAAAGUUUUCUUUCAUCAAUCAUCAAACAUCAAAUUCUCAAUUCUCGGUCACCACAACUUUAUUUUUAUUUUCUUCUCUCUGAAUUCCAUUUUUCAAGAAAAUGGAAUUGAAAAAAUCCCUUUUUGUUUUUUCUCUAUUGUUCUUGAUUCCAUUUUUUCAUGGAGGAAUAACAACAGCCAUUGCUGCAAGAAAUCAAGAUUCUUCUGAAUCAUGGGGUUAUGUUGAAGUUAGACCAAAAGCCCACAUGUUCUGGUGGUACUACCGAAGUUCAUACAGAGUUGAAGAUCCAAAUAAGCCAUGGCCAAUAAUUCUUUGGUUACAGGGUGGACCUGGAGCAUCAGGAGUUGGAAUUGGGAAUUUUGAAGAAAUUGGGCCAUUGGACACUAAUCUUAAACCUAGGAAUUCAACUUGGUUGAGAAAAGCUGAUCUUCUAUUUGUAGAUAAUCCAGUUGGAACAGGAUAUAGUUUUGUGGAGGACAAUAAAUUAUUUGUGAAAACAGAUGAGGAGGCAGCAACAGAUUUGACCACAUUAUUAAUUGAAAUUUUCAAUAGAAAUCAAAGUCUUCAACAAAGCCCUUUAUAUAUAGUAGCAGAGUCUUAUGGAGGAAAAUAUGCUGUUACUCUUGCACUUUCAGCCCUCAAAGCCAUUCAAUCUGGCAAAUUGAAGCUCAAACUUGGAGGAGUGGCAUUGGGUGAUACUUGGAUUUCACCUGAAGAUUUUGUGUUUUCAUGGGGCCCUCUUCUGAAAGAUGUGUCAAGAAUUGAUGGGAACGGCCUACAAAAAUCAAACAGUUUAGCUAAAACAAUAAAACAGCAAAUUGAUGCUGGCCAAUUUGGAGCUGCAACAGAGUCAUGGGGUAAACUAGAAACCAUCAUAAGCGAAAGUAGUAAUUCAGUGGAUUUCUACAAUUUCAUGUUGGAUUCUGGAAUGGAUCCUUUAGCUUUAACAUCUUCUGAAUUAUCACAAUCAAUUGGAAUGAAGAGAUAUUCAAGAUAUUUACAAUUAUCUAAAAUUACUCCUGGUAGUGAUGCUGAUCUUGAUGAUUUAAUGAAUGGUGUUAUAAGAAAAAAAUUGAAAAUUAUUCCAAAAAAUGUUAGUUGGGGAGGACAGGCUGGUCUUGUGUUUGAUGCUCUAAAUGAUGAUUUUAUGAAACCAAGAAUCAAUGAGGUUGAUGAAUUAUUGGCCAAAGGAGUGAAUGUGACCGUGUAUAAUGGGCAACUUGAUCUCAUUUGUGCCACUAAAGGAACAGAAGCAUGGGUGGAAAAGCUAAAGUGGGAAGGUUUGAAAACUUUCUUGAACAUGGAAAGAAAUCCAAUUUAUUGUGGAGGUGACAAAGGUACUAAAGCUUUCACCAAAUCAUACAAGAACCUUCACUUCUACUGGAUUCUUGGAGCUGGCCAUUUUGUACCAGUUGAUCAACCGUGUGUGGCAUUAGAUAUGGUUGCUAGCAUUACACAAUCUCCAGCAGUUUCAAAAAAAUAAAUAAACAGGAACUCAAAAAAUUAAA